AUGUCUCCAACCGCCUCCUCAACAAACUUGUCGUCUCGCUCAGAGAUAGAACCAAAAAUAAUUUCCACAAAUACACUAAUAAUUGCUAACCUCUCCAGAGAAGCUUUCCGAUCGGAAAAUCUAAUCGAACUAAGGGCCCAAUUAGAACAGUACGGCACCCUUUAUAAAUUUAUCCCUAUUAAAUCAUUUCAUAGAAUUUUGGCCGUUUAUUAUAACACAGUAGAUGCAAGCGCUGCGAAAACAUUUGCUGAUAAGAUGAUGUUUCUGAGUAGUAAUAUUCGGAUUUAUUUCGGAAUGCAUACCCCAAUAUGUGAUACUAUCGAUAAAUCUCAACAUCUUGCUGUACCGAAAAUCGAGAAAAAUUGGUUAAUAUCACCACCAAGAUCGCCUCCAGUUGACUGGACACAAACCCGCGAAGAUUCUCCAAACUCUAAUACUCUUGCCGAUGAUUUAAUUCAUGCUCUGCGCCCAUAUGCAACGAAAAAUAUUGGUGAUAUAAUUAUUGAUGAAGAGGAAGACGAAAUUCCCAGAUUUUUUUUGGAUGAUGUUUCUGAAAAGGGAAAAAAAUCAUCACUUUCUAGAUUAGAUGUCCCCUGUUUAACUAUUAUAACUAACAAUGAAGGAGAUAGUGAUGGCGGUGAUGACGAUCGGUCUGUCCCUAUGAUACUUGUGCAAGAUUGGGAUCAUGACUCGACUAUAAAAAUAGGCUCUUCGAACCUAUUAAAUGUAACUAAUGUGAAUCAUAGAAUAGCACAACUUCCUCCUUUGACUUACAUACCAACACCAAGGCCUCCGAUCUUUGACGGAAUGUAA